AUGUCCUACGCUGCACACGGCGCUGCUAUCGCCCAUCACGACCUCGAAGCGGCCGAGAACACGGACCGGCGGCAUCCUCACGAGCACACCCACCAUGGCCAAGCGCGGCGCGAGGAGGACUUGUCGAGUACAGCGGUAGUGUGGGACGACCGGCUGCAGGAGUGGCGGUCGCAGGACGAGGCGGUUGAGGAGGACGAGGCAGACACCCGCUCGAGCGAGGGAACUGCUGUCGGGCCAACACCGACGGUCUCUGCGGAGGGGGAGAAGGCGCUUGAGCGACGAAGAGACUCUGGCGAAGGGCGCGAAAUCUUCCCGGUGGCUCCCGGGACGACUGGUACCUUGGGCGAGAAGGAGGGGAAGGAGGUCAUCUGGCUCGAGUGGGAGAAGGGCGACCCAGAGAACCCUUUCAACUGGAGCAAACGAAAGAAGUGGCAAACCACCCUCAUCGCAUGCCUCUUCACCCUCCUCGUCGCCUACGCCGGCACGGCCUUCGCGAUGGGCAGUGCGUCGAUGAUGCGAGAUCUCAACUGUUCUCACGAGGUCGCGACACUAGGGUUGUCGAUCUUCCCACUCGGUUUCGGUCUCGGUCCUCUCUUCGCAGCGCCGCUCAGCGAAGUAUACGGACGGUAUCCGAUGUAUGUCGUCUCGUCGCUCGUCUACCUCAUCUUCUUCAUCCCGACUGCGUACGGCCAGAACAUUCAAACAGUCGUUGUCGCGCGCUUCAUCGGCGGCCUCGCCGCAUCAGCCGGCUCGACCCUCGUCGGCGGAACCGUCGCCGACCUCUUCGAGACGCACGAGCGCGGUCUUCCCAUGAGCGUCUUCUCCAUCUGCGCUUUCGCCGGCACGGGUCUCGGACCCGCUGUGAGCGGUUAUAUUGAGCUGAAGAAGGGGUGGCGGUGGAUCGAGUGGGUGCAGAUGAUGUGCGCCGGCGUCCUCGUCGUCUUGAUCUUCCUCUUCACCCGCGAAACUCGCGGAUCAGUCAUCCUUUCCCGCCGCGCACACAAGUUGCGAAAACAGACAGGCGACGAGCGGUAUCAGUGCAGGAGCGAUGCGGAACGCGCGAGUCUGGCGGUGUUGAUGAAGGUUAGCAUGACGAGGCCGUUGUAUUUGCUUGGCACGGAGGCGAUCGUGUUCUUCUUCUCUCUUUGGGUCGGGUUCUCUUGGGGUUGCCUGUACCUCCUAGUCGAGGCCGUCCCGCUCAUCUUCGGCAACACCUACGGCUUCAACAUCGGCGAAGUCGGUCUCACCUUCUACUCGGUCGUUGUCGCAUCCAUCAUCGGUUUCGGCACCAAUUUCUACCAAGAACGUCUCUACCGCAAACACUUUGCCCGCCGCGGACCCGAAGCGCGCCUCUAUGCCUCCCUGAUCGGCGGCCUCGUCUUCCCCGCCGGCGCCUUCGCCCUUGCCUUCAGCCAGGGACGCGGACACUGGAUGGGUCCUGUUGUGGGACUCGUGUUGAUCUUCUCGGGCGUCUAUUCGAUUUAUCUGGCCGUGUUCAGUUAUCUCGCCGACUGUUACACAAUCUACGCAUCAAGCGCUCUGUCCGGACAGUCGCUCUGCCGGAAUCUGAUGGCCUUCGCGAUGCCGCUCUUCACGUCACAGAUGUACAACGGGCUGGGCUACCAGUGGGCGUCGUUCCUUGCGGGUUGCAUCGCGCUUGUGCUCGCUGCAACCCCUUGGAUCCUGUUCAAGUUUGGCCCGACCAUCCGCGCGAAGAGCAAGUUCGCGAAGGAACUCGCCCGGAUGCGCGGCGAGGCCUGA